AUGAUGAAUACCACCACCACUACGAAUACCAUCAAUACUUUAUCCUCUACAAGCCUUUCCAACAAUAGUACGAGUAACAGUAACGGCAAUAAUGAUAAGAACAGUUGUAAUCGAAUCCAAACUUCUCCCUCUGUUCCAACCAUUCUCAUUCCUAAUAAUAACAAUCAUUCAAUGACCUCCUUUCAACAACAACAAUUGAAUGGCUUAUUGAGCAAUAAUAAUAAUAAUAAUAACAAUAAUAAUAAUAGUAACACUCUCACAACAAAUAGAAAUGAUGCUCCAUCAUCUUCCAAUAAUAAUAUUAAUAAUAACGGUUCCUAUGAUGACUCCAUGAAUACGAUGAUUCAUCAAUGGAAUGUAUUAUCGCCCCAACAACAAGAACAAUUACUCAUGUUGUUCCAUGCUCAACAACAACAGCAAUAUCAACAACAAUUAUCCAUGAUGAAUUUGGCAACACCAAAUCAAGCAACAACUCCACCAACUGCUUCUUCUGCUUUCAAUAUUGGAAACAUGAUGACGCCCAUGAAUAUGAUGAAUCAUCCAAUGAACACGAUGAUGAAUACUAGCAAUAACAAUAUGGAUCAACAUUUCCUUUCAUCCAUCAUGAUAACAAAUCCAUCCACUCGACAACUAUCAUUGCCCAUGAUGAUACCAAGCACCUCCAUGUCAACAACAGCCAAUUCUUCUUUACAGAGUGAUGACCAAGGGUCAACCAAUGUAUUGAACCAUCUUCUUUUGGCAUCUCACAACAAUCCUCUCAUGGCCAAUCCUGUCCUGAAUACUACCAUGACCACACCAACGUCAUCCUUUUUUGCUUCUAAUAUCAAUCCUCAACAUAACAACACCACGACUAACGUUCCUUUUAAUUUCAUGUUUCAACAACAACAUGCACAAGAGGUCAACAUGUUGCAGUUACAACAACAAUUAUUAUUAUUUGGGAAUUUGACAAUGAAUGCAAGUAAUGAAAAUAAUAAUAACAACAUUAAUAACAACCACAAUCAACAUUCGACAACCCCUGUCACAACGACCUCUGAUUUUGCACUAUUCAAUGAAGCUCUCAGUUCUGUUGGUGGAAAUAUGGAUGAAAAUCCUUUGAACUUUGUCACGGAUCAACAAAUGCAAACAAAUUUAGAAGAACUAUUUCAACAUAAUGACCAACACACUCAUCAUGUGUCACCAACACUUCAAAAUGACCAAGAUGCUAAUUUAUCCCUCAAUUUAUCCAAUAUUCAUCAUCAUCAUGUAAACACCAUUUCAUCGUCACAACCUUCAACUCCUCGUGUGGAGGGAGUUUUAUUAAUUGACCAACAAUUUGAUACCAACACACUCACCGAUUUUGGUCUUGAAACUUUUUCCGAUUCAAAUUCCUCGUCUUUCGAUAAUGUGAAUGUAAUUGUUGAACAAAAUUUAAAGAGAAAAUUGGAUGUGUUUUUGGAGCCAAAGUCAAGUUCUGGCACUACUAAUAGUGGAAGUGGCAGCACGAGUGGUGGAUAUAGCUCUCCAACAGCUGGAAGAACUUCACGAUCAUCUUCAAAUGGCGGAUUAAAACAAACGAGUCCACUCGCUUCCACGACUCCAUCUGUUCCAGUCUCUUCUGGUUUUUCAAUUCUUGAUAAAUUACCACCACAUCAGCAACGAGAAUAUUUCAAACGAGUGAAAAUGUUAUUAACAGAAGAUGAAGAUUCUAACACAAAUUUAAUGGAUCAAAUUUUCAGUGACAGUGCCAGUGGAGGAAGUGGAGGCUCUGAUGAACGAUUUAACAACUUUCUUGAUUUUGAUGAAGAUCCAACAGCAAGUCUCUUUUCGAAAGUGAAACAAUCACCUCUUACUGAUGAUUCGAGUGAAACCAAUGUAUUGGGAGCUGAAUUUGAAAUUAAUCCAAUGAUUUAUUCAUCUCCUCUGGAAGACAACAAGUCACCUGGAUAUUACGACGAGUCCACAAAUGAAUACUCGUCACAACAACCAAAGAAAUCAAGAUCUUCAAGUCCUGUUGACACCCAUCGACGUGUGAUUAAUAGUCAACAACAACCUACUGUGAUUGUCAUGUCAGGGAGUCAAAAAUCAGAUUCCUCUCUCUCUCCAACCUUAUCGAUUCCUAUGGGUUCCAAUCAUUACAUUUGGAAUAACACCACCAUGAGUGUACCUGUCUCGGUCAUGAGUCACACUUCCUCUUCAUCCACUCCUUUCAUCGCUUCUCAAGAAGUACCCAAACGAAAAUCCAGUGGUGCAGUGAAAUCACCCUCAAGCAGCACUUCUCCAUUAAUGCAAACAUCUCAAUCGUCCUCCUCUCCAAAUACUACCACCACAAAUAAUGGCCAUUCAAACAGUUCUUCCACCUCGUCGUCUUCCUCUCGAAUUUCACAAACCACUACCUCAAAAUCCAGACCCAGUCAUCGAAAAUUCCCAACCAAUUACUUUUUAAAUAUGGUAAGAGCUCCACCUAACAGCCCAAUUGGAUCAAAAUCAAAUUCUAGGGCCAGCUCAUUGGCAAGCUCUGCAAAUAAUUCGAGAACUAAUUCGAGAACAAAUUCUCGAUCCAAUUCACCCACAACAAGUACUCCACCAAAUUUUUACAUUUCUCCCAAUUUGCAAACGGAUGCGUCUGAUCAACAACAAGUGUUUGUGAAUUCCGAUUUCAUGCUUAAAUUACAAAAGAGUUUAUCGUCGCUGUCACAAGUCAAUAACAACCCAUUCUCUGCCAAUAAUACUGUAAAUAAUGCAUCUAGAAUUUUAGUGACACCAACUCCAGAACAUCACUUUGUGAACAUUCCAGCAACGACAGGUGCUAUUGUUGUUCCACAAAAUCAUUAUCUCACUCAAGCAAAACCAUUUAUGGAUAUUGGAGGAAUGAUGACACAACAACCUGGUGGAAGCACUGCAACAACGAAUAGAGUUGGUUUGGCCAAUAACAAAUCUCCAAAUACAGUUCAUGAUGAACAGAAGGAUGGAAGUAAUAAUAAUCAUUCUCUGAACAUGACGACUACACACGAUAGUAGCGGUGGAGACUUUUCUGGUGAUCUCUCGAAACAACGAAAGCAUUUUCUGCCCACAAAUGCGACCGAGGUUUUAAAGGAUUGGUUUUUGGAGCAUAUUCAACAUCCUUAUCCGAGUGGACAAGAAAAACAAGCAUUGUCGCAGCAGACUGGUCUAUCGUAUGUACAGGUUUCGAAUUGGUUUACCAAUACAAGAAAGAGAAGCUGGCAAGUAAUGAAGAAAGAAUACGAGAAGAGAAAUGGUGUGGAAGGAUCAUCAGAAGCUGCAGUUCCAGGUCUCUUGGAGGAUGCCAACAAUAAAUGA